CUUGCUCGUUCUCUGGAGACAAAGCUUGGCCAGGCUCUGACCCUCCAUCAUCACUCCAUCACUCCCAGCAACUGGACACACCCCUCCACAAUGUCUACCGGAGCUCCCGACUGGGCAAUGGGAGCGGUCCUCCUGACCCUCGGCAUAUUCGGCGCCAAGCUGCUCUACACAGCGUCCUCGGACAAAGUCAAAAGCAUCCGCAAUACCCACCGGCGUGUCAUCAUGCUGAGCUGGGCCGGGAUGCCCAACGGCAGGGUCCAUGACUGCCAAACGGGCAGCGCGCCCGCCCAGUACUGGCCCUGCCACCACUCCCGGCACCACGAAAAGGCCCUCAAGUGCUGGGAGUCUCCCUCCUCGCUCGCCACUAUCCUGAACCGCGCUUGGCGGCUGUCGGAGCGCGACCCGCGCUACCUCGACGACGUCCCCAUCCAGCUCCCCUUCUCCGGGACCUACAUCUGCACCGACGUACGGACGGUCCUCGCCUUCAUCGUCUGCACCGUGGCCGAGAACAAAUCGUCCUCCUGGAGCCCGCGCCACCUAAGCUUCGGCACUACGCGCGUAUCCCGCGAGCGUCUCGGCCCUCUUACCUUCUGCCGCAUCCAAGGCCAGUUCCAAGAACGGCGCAGCCGCCUGACCAAAUCCGAGCUCGAGCGCCUGCUCGACGGCUACCCGCCGUGGUACCGCGAGACGUUCACUACCCGCGCGGGCACCGUCCGCCUGGCGUUCCCCACCGUCAGCGAGGCGGACAUCUCCCGCGGCGGGUGGAUCGCGGCCGUCGGCCUGAUGGACGUGAGCGUGCAGUCCCAGGCCCCACUGGCGGUAUAUACCUGCCCGGCCGGGUCGGAGCCCGAGCGGCCCGCGUUCCGCUCUAACGGGGUUGUCUUCCGGUCCGCCGUCGCGCGCUGCCGCGACCACAUUGCCAACAACAUCCAGCCGCACUUCCCUGCGGACGUCAACGUGGCCGCCGCCGUAGUCAUGCUGGAGCAUCUCAUGGUCGAGAAGACGGGGAGUGGGAUCCCGUCGCCGGGCAGGUUCGGCCCGAGGUGGUCGGACAGCGUGCCGCCGCUGCCGCACCUGUCCGGCCCGGACUGCCGGUUCGUCAUGAAGAACCUCAACGGGUAUCAGCCGUUAGACGCUACGGAUGUGGCGCGGUACGGGCCCAUCUUGCUGCCUGCCAUGGCGGCGGUGGUUCAUGGGGCGUACGAGGUGGUCCAGUAUCUCAAGGACGUGGGGGUCGAGCUGAGGGCGCCUCCCGAGUUUGGGAGCUUGGAUAACGAGGUUUUUUUGAAGGACUGCGUUACGGUUCUGCCUCCGGCCCCGGCGAAGGGGUAAAAGGAAUCGAAGGUUGGAAAUCACCUCCGGUAUGGCUCGGAUGCAACCCCGCUCUAUGUUCUAGCAGACAAAGGACUGGGAAACCUCAUUCGCAUGCAGAUGAGAAGGUCUCAUUUUGUCCUUAAACCCAAAACGCAAUGGACGCAGGCGCACGCGAGCCCUAGAUUCCAGACUCAUACCACCAGAAGGAAAUAAACACUCGCAAUUGUACGACCAGUGAGGGGCUCAUCUUGCAGCCGCUGGCGCAGCUGAGCAGGGAGGCGUUCCGAUACUUAAAUAAGUAGUCGUUUUCGCACGAACGCUGAGCGACUGGGCUGUCAAACGCGGCUCACGUUGUCCGGCACCGUUAGUUACGAUGCAGUUGGUUGCUUGCACGCCUUGGGCAGCGACACUCCAAGCCAAUCAUGAGGUCUCGCCCA